AUGGAUCUGUUGCAAUGUUCUCAAAAACUCCGAGGCAAACGCAAACGCAGAAGAUCAAUGAGUUUGGACAAUCUCCCAGAUGGUCUAUUGUUAGAAAUUCUGCGUCACCUGCCUUUACAGUCUGUAUUUCAAUGCAAAUGUGUAUCAAAUCGCUGGUGCUCUUUAAUCUCUACUCCUUAUUUCACACACCUCUAUGUUAGCCACCUUCACACAAACCUUCAGCCCUUUACAUUGCUCUUCGAGUGCAAAGAUGAUCAGUCAAUAACUCGUGUCCUCGCAACCAAUUCAGAGGAACCCGAAUUGAAAUCUCUUGCUGCCUAUGUACACAGACAGAGUGAGCAUCUUUGGCUUGAAGCUUCUAGCAACGACUUGCUCUUAUGGCGCGCAAAAGAUGAUGAGGAGCCUAUUCCGAUGAGCGUUUACUAUGUGAUAAAUCCAAUCACUAGGCAAUGUGUCGCGCUCCCUCCCAUCACUGUACCUUAUCAUCGUUCAUGGAUUCAGGCUGGGUUAAUUUGCAGCUAUGACUACAACAAGAAGCAACUCAGUUACAGCGUGGUGCUCAUUCCUUAUUUUCAUGACAAGUUAAGGGAAUUCAAGGUAUACAUAUUCUCAUCCAACACCCGGGAAUGGAGCAAGUCGAUGGUGUUGUGUCUAGAUCCAGAGGGAUUUGAAUUGACUCACUUCGCACUUUGUGCUGUUCCUUAUAAAGGCUUGCUUUUUUGGUGCAGUAACAGUGGCCGUCUUCUCGGGAUUGAUCCGUACAACACUAGAUGUUGUCGUUCCUUUGAGCAGCCUAUAGGAUGGGAGUCAGACAAAGAAACUGAUUGUUUUGGAGUGUGUCGAGGGUGCCUGAGAAUAUGUCAGAUUUCAAUGUUCUAUACUCGUUUCAGUAGCAUUUUACGUAUUUGGGAGCUGAAGGACUAUGAUAAUGAAGGCGGGGGCAAAUGGUACUUGGAACACGAAGUUUCUGUCAACCAAUUGGUCUCAAAAAAAUCUCCAUGGCUCACUGAAGAUGUACAACAGAAAUAUCCUCUUUUCUUAGUGCUAGCUUUUCAUCCCAAUGAUGGAGAUAUCUUGUACUUGGCGAUUGAAUCGAAGGUUUUAUUAUGCAACUUGCGGAGCAAAACGGUAGAAGUCUUUUGUGAUAUUCCUCACGACCCUGACACUUGGAAUGAUAAGUGCAAUAUCAUGAACUUUGUGCUCCCAAGUUGGCCAACUCCCAUUCCUUUUGCUCCCUUACAGAAUGGCGCCUGA